AUGGAAAAUUCGGGUGAAUGUACCAAAAAUAAUACAACAAACGUUGAACAUCAGGUUCAUAACAAGGCUAUGAACGAUGUAACCGUCGAUUAUGAAAACGACGAAGAUAGCAGCGAGAACGAAGAGGAGUUAAAUUUGUUAUUGAAAAAGGCUAAAGAAUCUCUACAAGCAAAUCAAAGUAUAAUAAAUAAAAAUACAAAUAAAGAAAUGCGGGACAAGUUUAGCUUUCCAAGUUUGAAUGUCGGUAUUUCAAUUGAUGAGCAAUUGUAUAUAAGGAAACAUCCUAGUGGUAUUGUUACACUUCGACAGGAUGAAAUCUUUCAUGAUAAUUCGUCACAGAAGAAACAAUCGAAUUCCAACAAAACUGUAUCAAUUUCCGAUGAUGAUCAAGACUCAUCUGUAAAACUUAGUAAAAAAGAAAGACAAAAGUUACGGGAAUCAACAAUUGGGCCAGGAUGGUUUGAUAUGAAGAAGCCUGAAAUCACACCUGAGAUAAAGCGUGAUCUUCAAAUUAUAAAAUUAAGGAAUGUCUUGGAUCCAAAAAGAUUUUAUAAAAAGGAUAAUUCAAAAGGACUACCAAAAUAUUUCGAGAUUGGUACGAUAAAAGAAGGGCCAACAGAGUUUUUUUCUUCUAGAAUUCCUCGAAAGGAACGAAAGCAAACCAUAGCAGAUGAAUUGCUUGCAGACCAAAAAUCUAAGAGCUAUUUUAAGAGAAAGUUUUCCGAAAUUCAAGAGCAACUCAAGAAGAAAAGACAACCUAAAUGGGAAAAAGGAUUAACGAAAUGA